GUCUGAAAAAUCUCACACAACUAUGCAAGUCUGGAAUGUGGUGCAUGCCUUAACCUUUAACCUCUGAAUGUAGUGCAGGACCUAACCUUUAACGUGUUGAGGUGAAGGAACCUGCAGCAGCUUACUGGGGCAAAGUUUAUUUGCUUAAAAACAAAACCGACUAAUACACAAACAUGCUUUACCAGGACUUCUCAGUUAAUUACCUCAGUGAAUUCAAUUUUGAUACAAAAAAGAGGCUCUCCAAGUUUUUGUGUAAACUUUUUCAUUUCCUGUUGUGAUUACUAUCAGUACAUUUUAUAUUACUGUGUAUUAUGGCAGUUUAAAAAAAUGUUUUUUGCUCAAGCAAAAAAAGAAAAAAGAUACAAAAAUUAUAUUGCAAUAUAUUAUUUGAAAUGUAAAUAUGAAAGCAAUGUUCAAAAAAGAAACUAGGUGAACAUAUAGAAAAAUAACCAAAUACAUUUUGGUAUGAGAAUCAACAAAAAUCAAAAUAUAUUUUAAAUAAUACAUCAUAUAAAAUAUUUAAAAAAUCUGUAAUGUUUUCAUUGUUCGCUGCAUUUUUCCCCCUGUUGUUUUCUGUUGAAAUGGCCAAAGUGUAAAUAUUGCCACUUUGUUACAUUCUUAAAAAUAAGUCUGUAGGUUCCACCACAGAUCUGAAGAAAAAAAGAAAAAAAGAAAACAUUUAUCAGGUUCUGUGCUCUCUGAACUCAGCUGCUCCCCACUUCUCAGUUGUAUCAUUGUAUCAACAGGCUUCAAGAUGUUUUACUCACUAACAUAAUGAACAUUUUUUUGCUGCCUUCUAUCUUGAGAAAGUGGUCCAUAACUCCUCCUCAUGUAUCUAUUAUAUCUUUACAUGGACAUGCACUGAAAAAAAAAUAUUCAAAAUACUAUGUGUCCUGUUCUCAGAUUAUUUAGUUAUUGCCAAAGAAAUUGUUUUAAAAGUACAAUAAUGAGAGAAGUGCUGUGGCACUGUGGGCGUAGUUGGUAUAGGCCUAUAGUGUAUGAUGUAUCUUUACAGCGAGAUAACAGCAAUAUGUCAAAGUACAUCUUCCUUUUGUUGCCUAUAAUCUCCUUUUCUAGCUUCUCAAAGCAAUAGUGACUUUGACCACUACACAAAUUAGGCUUAAAUUACAUUGAGUGCAGGGAAAUAUUAUUGACACCUUACUAAUGGUACGCUGCUUAGAAGAUUUUAUUAUAAAACUUUUAAGAUUAAUAGCAUACUCAUCUUCCUAGUUUAGUAGCCAUAAUAGUCUUUGCUCCGUCUUCUCCAAUCAAAUUUUUCAGGUUGUUUUCAUCGAUUCUAUUUAAAGUUUUAAACGUUCACAUUCGCAAAGCCUGUUUUUGAACUCAAAUGUGCUCCAGCAUUUUCCAUGUACCGCCCUACGAGGAAAGACGCUUCCAAACUUUGUGUGCACUGCACACUGUGCAGUUUUGUCUAUGGUUUCCUCCCCACCGCACCCCCGCCUCCACUGUUAUAUGAUAUAUUAAAAUCGUACUUACAUAAUUGAUGAUGUCAAUUAAUGUUUGUGCACGUGUUAUUCUCAUUCUUGCAUCAACGCGCUAUUCGUGCACGUGUGUUUCUGAGACCAACUAAUACAUGCAUUUUAUAACUUUAAUAGCCGAAGCAUUUUUGCAACCAAUAAGGGGCCUGAUCAACUGCAGUUUAAUGACUUCCCGGCCCCUCAAGAAGUCAACCUAACAACCACCAAAAUGAUCCCGAUUAUUGAUCAGGAGCAGAGCAAAGUUCACCAACAGUUGACUCUGUCUUUCUGGCCAAUCUUAGCCUUAGAGGCGGGGGAUAGAAAAUGUGCAAGAUGAUACAUAUGUGCUUCAGUUCGUCUGAGGGGAAGCCGAAGUCAGCAGGGUUAGUCUGGCAGGGAAGAGAAUAAGAGACAGUUCCGAAAAGAUGGUUUCAAUUAAGUCGCCGUCUCUGGUGCCGGUGUCCUGCGCACAGGCUCUGCUCGGUGUGGGCUGUUUGGCUGUCGCCCUCCUCGCUUUCCUGCUGGUUCGCCAGCUCGUCAAGCAGAGAAGGCCCCCGGGGUUUCCUCCUGGUCCAUCUCCCAUCCCUGUGAUAGGGAACAUUCUGUCGCUGGCCACCGAGCCGCACGUCUUCCUCAAGAAGCAGAGUGAAGUUCAUGGACAGAUUUUUAGUCUUGACCUGGGAGGCAUCUUGACUGUGGUAUUGAAUGGAUAUGACUGUGUCAGGGAAUGCCUUUACCAUCAGAGUGAGGUGUUUGCUGAUCGCCCAUCGCUGCCUUUAUUCAAGAAAAUGACCAAAAUGGGUGGCCUUCUUAAUUGUAAAUAUGGCAAAGGCUGGAUUGAACACCGUAAACUGGCUUGCAACUCUUUCCGUUACUUCGGCAGUGGCCAGAGGUUGUUUCAGAGGAAGAUCUCAGAGGAGUGCAUGUUCUUUGUUGACGCCAUCGAUGAACACAAGGGAAAGCCCUUCAACCCCAAACACCUUGUGACCAACGCGGUGUCCAACAUCACCAACCUGAUCAUUUUUGGACAGCGUUUUACUUACGACGACCGCAACUUCCAGCACAUGAUUGAGAUAUUCAGUGAGAACGUGGAGCUUGCAGUGAGCGGCUGGGCCUUCCUCUACAAUGCCUUCCCUUGGAUUGAGUAUGUGCCCUUUGGAAAACACCAGAAGCUGUUCCACAAUGCUGCCGAGGUUUAUGACUUCUUACUGCAGGUUAUAAAGGGUUUUUCACAGGGCAGGGUGCCACACGUACCUCGUCACUAUGUUGAUGCAUAUUUGGAUGAAUUGGAGCAGAAUGCAGGAGACUCCAGUUCCACUUUUUCCUAUGAAAACCUCAUCUAUUCAGUUGGAGAGCUCAUUAUUGCUGGCACGGAGACCACAACUAACACCCUGCGCUGGGCCAUGCUGUACAUGGCCCUCUACCCCAACAUACAAGAGAGGGUGCACAGAGAGAUCGACAGUGUCCUGGCGAACGGGAGGGCACCCACUUUGGAGGACAAACAGAAGAUGCCCUACGUGGAGGCUGUGCUGCACGAGGUCCUUCGCUUCUGCAACAUCGUCCCACUUGGUAUUUUCCGUGCCACCUCCCAAGACGCAAAAGUCAAUGGUUACACAAUUCCCAAAGGCACCAUGGUGAUCACGAAUCUCUACUCAGUGCACUUUGAUGAGAAGUAUUGGAACGAUCCAGGUGUUUUCUCACCACAGAGGUUUCUGGACAGCAAUGGCAACUUUGUGAGGCGCGAGGCUUUCCUUCCUUUCUCCAUGGGGAGGCGUCAUUGCUUGGGUGAACAACUGGCCAGGAUGGAGAUGUUCCUCUUUUUCACCACUUUGCUCCAGAGGUUUCAUCUUCAGUUCCCUCCAGGAACCGUUCCCACUCUCACUCCCAAACUGGGCAUGACCUUACAGCCCAAACCUUACUCCAUCUGUGCUGUCCGCAGGCAACAGAAAGUUCCCUGCUCGAGAGACACUCCUUAUCACAAGUAGGAAAUCAGACAUUUAUUUACAGCUUGUUCAGCUGUUCAAGCUAGAAUUUUAACUAUUUUGCACAGCAAUGCAACCACAUGAUAGAGGUGCAUAAAACUGUAUCACUGGAUUGUAAUGUCCAGUUCCGGCGCAUUACAGUUACAAGGACUUUCAGUGGCCGAGGUGGCUCUCUACAUAGGACUGUGUGAUCCAGUUUACUUUACUAUCAAAUUCUCUCAAUGAGCAGGAUGCAUAUUUGCACAAUACCUUUUAAGCAGCAGGGGAGGCGGCAAGACUCUGCUGAAAGGACAUCCUGGGAACAUAAAUGUGCUAUUGAUUUAGAUCUCUGGAGCUCAGAGAUCCCCUGAGCCUGGAAAGUGAAAUGUCCAUGCGGUAGUGAUGGGUUAGGUACAUGUAUAUGUCAAUGAUUGAUAGUAAGUACACCUAUGAUGGUUCAUAGCCCUGACUUGUCUGGACAGCUUCAGGUCAGACAAAUGGCACCACUGAUUUGUACGUGUGGGGCAAAAUGGGACUAUCAGACUUUCCAAGAAAGUUCUGAACCCUCUCCCUCUGUGUAUUAGAACUGGACAGGGGCCAGGAUUUACGUCAUCUGAACUGAUUCUGACCCCUUCUCCAGGGAUAGUGCUCUAUGGAAAAUCUUUCUCUUAGAAGGCAAAUUCAACCCUGGUGGAUUUCUAGAAACUGACUAUGCAACACUGAUUUCUGCUAAAUGGUGCUUAUCAGUACUAACAAAGUACUGCAUUAAGGUUUUAACAUUUGUUUGUCCUUUUUUUUUGUUGCAAUACUGGCUGUAUUUUGUGUAUUCAUAAAGUGUUUUUUAAGAUAAUGAAAACGUGCCUUG